ACGAUACAAACACCCCCCACACACACACACAAACAAUGUAUCCGUUUCAACAACAACAACAACAACAGCAACCAUCGAAUCUUUUGAUGAAUACAAUUGAUCAUCAUCAUUCAUCAUGGAAAAAAUCAUUAUUACUUGAUCAUAAUCAUAAUGAUCCAAUUGAUAAUGCUGAUUCAACCGGAUCAAUAUUGAAUCUAUCGGAUCUAAGCGAAUCGAAUGCUGCAUUCAUUGGCACUGUUUGUCUUGCUAGUGGUUUCGUUCUGUUGGUAUUAUUUGCAUCAAUCUAUUAUUAUCGUAAACGUAGCUUGUAUCAUGAUUUCACUAUUACUGGAUCAACUUCGAUGAAAUCAGAUAAUAAUAAUAAUAAGAUAUUGUUAUUGAAAAAAAAUUUACAAUUUAACGAAGAAAAACCAUAUGUUGUACGGCAAAAAACACCGGCUGUACGUAGUCCAAGUUCAUCACAGGUUAAUCCAUUCAAUAAGAAAAGUCCCAGCCCAACUGGUGGAUUAUCACCAAAUGAUAAUGAAAUGAAAAAUGUAAAUCGAAAUGUUGAUCUCGAAUCUGGUCGUAAUAGCCAAAAUAAUUCAAAACAUUGUUCACCGAUUGCUGAAGAACAACAACAAACAACAACACAAUUGGCAAACAACAAUAAUUCAACGAAUGUGGCUAAAAAUUUGGGAAAAUUACAUUUUAAAUUGAAAUAUAGUUAUGAAAAACGUGCACUUUGUUUGGCCAUCAAUCGUUGUACGGAUCUACAAGCAAAAGAUGCUGCAAGUACAUUAGAUCCAUAUGUGAAAAUACAAUUGUUACCGGAAAAACAACAUAAAGCUAAAACACGUGUAUUGCGUAAAUCAUUGAAUCCAAUCUAUAAUGAAGAAUUCACAUUCUAUGGUAUUACAUCAAAUCUGCUGGAAAUGUUGGCCAUUCAUUUUGUCAUAUUGAAUUUUGAUCGAUUCUCAAGAGAUGAAAUUCUCGGUGAAGUUGUUUGUCGUUUAAAUCAAUUUGAAUUUGAUUCAUUGGAAAAACAGCUAACAUUAUGUCGAGAUAUUGUACCGCUUGGUAAUAAGCUCAAGAUACAGGAUCUAGGUGAAUUAUUGGUAUCACUUUGUUAUCAGCCGAUCGCUAACCGUUUGACUGUUGUCAUAUUGAAAGCAAGAAAUUUACCCAAAAUGGAUCUAACCGGAUUGUGUGAUCCAUAUGUGAAGAUUUAUGUAUUUCAUAAUGGUGAACGUAUUUCGAAAAAACGUACACACAUUAAACGUCGUACAUUAUCGCCGGUAUUUAAUGAAAGUUUCGUUUUCGAUAUACCAGCCGAUGAAGGUUUGGAUAAUAUUCAUUUACAAUUCAUGAUCUAUGAUCAUGAUCGUGUUACACGUAAUGAAUUGAUUGGUAAAGUGGAAAUUGGUUCAAAAACCGGCAUACCGGCAACGGAAAAACAUUGGCAUGAAGUGAUCAAAUCACCGCGUAGACAGAUUGCUGAAUGGCAUAAACUACGUGAAGUUACAUCAACAACAAUGGCUACAAACAAUUGAAAAUUCACAGAAACUCAAACAGAAAACUUGAUAUUCUAUGUUUUUUUUUGUUGUUGUUCUCUCAACAAUGAAUUUCUAUUCAAUUCCUGAUUCUUGAUUCUUAGCAUUUAAAUAUAAGACGAUUGACAACAAACAAACAGAUGAACGAAUUCUUUGAUCAAAACAAAAACAAAAACAAACGAAUUACUUGAACACAUACACACACACACACACACACAAACCGCAUAACCUACAUUUUUCUUUCUCUCGGUCGAACUUAACCAUAUCUCUCUUUAGAUUCUUUUUUUCAUUUAUAGAAUCAUCAUCAUCAUCAUCUCAUGUUGCUCUCAUAUUUCAAAAUUUAAAUUUU